AGGAGGCUGAGGUCUCAGUGCACGGUUUACAGACGUGGCUAAUUAUUCCGAAAUAGAUCAGACGAGCGCAGCAAGAAGGAACGGCAGCUCUGCGCGGCGGCGACGCUGAGAUAAAACGGGGACUCAAACUGCGCGCAUCCCAAAUUCGCGUUUCCCUGACGCUGCAUCGUUCGGGCUUUCAAUCCGCAUCCUCUGCCCCUCGGAUCUCAUGCGGUGCUGCGCCAAACGGCGAAUAAACACCAAUGAACUAGCAGGCCGGUGCUCGCAUCCAGCGUCACCGCAACCCCCGCGUCCUCACACGUGACGGCGCAGCGCCCCGCACGGGUCCUCACGGCGCCCUCGGGCUGCCCGUCGCACUGCCUGCGCGAACGUGGCGCCGUCCUCGCGCGUACCGGCGCUCUGUAGGGCAGUCCGGCGUUGUGAGGACCCCGCGAGGACCCCUGAGCGGCAGGAUGGCAGCUCGGCGCGCGCUGAAAGCUGUCCUGGUGGAUCUCAGUGGCACGCUGCACGUCGAAGACUCGGCCGUGCCGGGUGCGCAGGAAGCUCUUAAAAGGCUGCGUGGCGCUCCAGUUACAAUUCGGUUCGUGACCAACACCACCAAAGAGUGCAAGAAGGACCUGCUGGAGAGGCUGACCAAACUGGGCUUUGACAUUGCAGAACAUGAAAUCUUCACGUCUCUGACGGCAGCCAGAAAUCUUCUGGAGCAGAAGCAGGUGCGGCCGCUCCUCUUGGUGGAUGAGAAGGCCCUGCCUGAUUUCACAGGGAUCGCCACUGAUGACCCCAAUGCAGUGGUCAUAGGACUGGCUCCUGAACACUUUCACUAUGACAUGAUGAAUAAAGCUUUUCGGUUGAUUUUGGAUGGUGCUCCUCUUAUAGCUAUACAUAAAGCCAGGUAUUUCAAGAAAAAAAACGGCUUGGCUCUGGGACCUGGACCUUUUGUAGCUGGACUGGAAUAUGCCACAGAUGUCAAAGCAACAGUGGUGGGAAAGCCAGAAAAAACGUUCUUCCUGGAAGCUUUACGAGGGACUAGCUGUGCCCCAGAGGAGGCUGUCAUGAUUGGUGAUGACUGCAGGGAUGACGUUGGUGGGGCCCAGAAUGCAGGCAUGCGUGGGAUUUUGGUCAGGACUGGUAAAUAUCGACCAGCGGAUGAAAACAAAAUCAAUCCAGCCCCUUACUUAACGUGUGAGAGUUUCCCAGAGGCAGUAGAACAUAUCCUAGAGCAUCUGCUAUGAGAAGUUGGAUAGUUUGAAGAAACACCUGGUUCACAUAAUUUACUCUUGCUUCCAAAAUUAAGGUCACAGGAUCAGUGCAUGCUCAUCAGAAACCUAGCCAUAAGCUCCUUCCCAUCAAGGUGUGAAAGGAAGAGUAGUGGUGCAUGGCCCCAUCAUGGUCACAACACAGCUCUUUUCCUGCACUCAUUUCUUGAGGCAGUGAUUAGGGACCUCGGAUGAUCGGCAGGACAGGUAGCACAGGAAGGCUGCAGCACAACUGCUUUCCUGAAGGGUGCACGGAACGUGGUACAGAGUUCUGUUUUCAGUUUCCAUGAAAUAGCUGAUGGAAAGCCCACUCUGAAAACUGGAAAACUCACUGGAAGCACUCAAACUGUAAAGCCUAACAACACUUUAGUCAGUCUACAGUGAUCUCUCUGUUCUAAUUUCAAGGCAGAGAUAAGAGCCUCUAGAAGUGACUUCUAUAUUAAAAUAGUGCCAUUGUUAAUAAUAACUACUGUUAGCAUCUUUACUCUCGUUGGACCAGAUCCUGGUUUUUGUUUUUCAGAUUUUGCAUAAAAUUAAAAGUGUCAGCAGUGUACAGAUGUUUUAAUUAGAUGCUGUUAUUAAAAAGAAUGGUACUCCAACAAAAAUCUGAUAUUAAA